AUGAGCUUUAUAAAGCAAACAAGCUUUUCGGUGGAUUAUGCUCCAGCGCUGGUUACCAAGUGGAGACUGUCUCAUCUGGGGCUACAGCUCACCUACAUUAACCAACCAUCGCCUAUGGUAAAUGGCUAUUUUGCUGUUGCCACUGAGAUAGCCAAUAAUCUGGGAUGUCCCCACACAUUGGAACAUUUGGUGUUUAUGGGAUCAAAAAGAUACCCAUACAAGGGGCUUCUUGAUCUUUUGGGUAAUCGUUUAUUCAGUUCCACAAAUGCUUGGACUCUGGUGGAUCAAACGGUGUAUACAUUAACUCUGGCGGGGUGGCAUGGUUUUCGUUCUUUACUUCCUGUUUAUCUCGAUCAUUUGUUGAACCCCACGUUGACAGAAGAUGCUUGUCUCACUGAGGUUUAUCACAUUGAUGGCGAAGGCAAAGAGAAAGGCGUCGUGUUCUCAGAAAUGCAAGGCAUUGAAAAUCAAAACUGGUUUGUCACUUAUUUAAAAAUGCAACAGAAGCUAUACCCAGCUCAGCUGGGUUAUUCUCUGGAGACUGGGGGUCUUAUGUCAGAAUUGCGUACACUUACAAAUGACCUGAUUCGCGAAUUCCACAAGUUGAUGUAUCGUCCGGAUAAUUUAUGUGUUAUUAUCACUGGGUCCAUUGACGAAGCUGAAUUAUUAGAGACUAUGGAGGCCUUUGAUGCUCAAUUGCCGGCUUUAUCAUCAACCCCGAACCCACGGCCUUUUGUCGAUUCGCCUGCUAGCCAUAUCGAACCAUUGACUGAGUCACAGGUAGUUAAGGUUGAUUUCCCCGAUAAGGAUGAGUCAAUGGGAGAAUUGUUAAUUUCAUGGAUCGGUCCUCCCGCCGGGGAUCUGUUGAUCAACGUGGCCGUCGACACUGCAGGUGCUUAUUUUAGCGACCUGCCCAUUUCGAUUUUGAACAAACAAUUGGUCGAGGUUGAAAACCCUUCCGCCACUGAUAUUGACUACACCACUGACGAUUACUUGCGCACAACGAUGUCAUUCACAUUCAACGGUGUUCCAACUGAAAAGUUGGAUUCAUUGGACAAACAUAUCAAACUGAUUUUGCUUGAACACUCCGACCCUGCGGUGUUUGAUUUGGCAUACAUGAAGCAAAUUCUUAAGAAUCAGCGUCUCAAAUUCAUCUCAUCCACUGAAAAGCUGCCACUGCUAUUUUCCAAUAUUGCUAUCUCAGAGUUCAUAUACGGCAAUCCCGACGGGCUGGAUUUGAGUAAGUGGAUUAAGGACUUGAAGGAAUAUGAUGUGUUGGACAAUUGGACUGCUGAUCAAUGGUGUGCGCUUAUUAGACAGUACUUUUGCGAGAAUCACUCAAUUACCAUCUUGGGCUAUCCAUCAGCUAAAUUGAAUCGCGAAAUCAAGGCCGCGGACAAACAGCGUCUGCGCGAAAUCUUGGAGGAGUACGGUCCUUCCGGAUUAGCUCAAUUGCAAGUUAGACUCGAUGAAGCUCUGGCUAAAAAUGAUACACCCAUUCCCGAUGAGCUUAUUACUUCUUUUGCCAAGCCCGACCCACUGAAGAUUGAGUUCAUCAAUACCAACUCCUACUUGGGGGGUACUUGGAAGAACGUGGUCGAUUUGCUGAAAAAUGCAUAUGUUGAAGAUCUGCAACUCUCUCAACGCAUCCGAGAAGAGAAAUUGGAAGGUUCAGCGCCGUUUAUGCAUUUCGAAGAGUUCAAGCUGCAGUUCACUACUAUUAACAUAGUUAUGCUGCUGACGGCUAUCAGGGAUUCGCGUCUAUUAAGUUAUAUGCUGAUAGUCGAAGAGCUUUUUACGAUGUCAGUCAUCAAAGAUGGUCAAUAUCUCCCCUACAAUGAUGUAAUCUCUCAACUCAAUGAUGACUUGAUUGAGUUUCAGGUUGACAACGGUUACGAAAACCAGUUUUUGGAAUUGAUCAAUAUUAAAGUGAAGUUUGAGGCCUCCAAGUAUGAACAAGCAAUCUCCUGGCUUAAGUGCAUUACACAGAAUAUCGUUUUUGAACCUCUGCGAGUGAAAGUAAUUGUCGAGAAGUUGAUAAAUUCCUUGUCUGACAAAAAGCGUAACUCAGAAUUGAUGAUGUACUCCUCGAAGUUCAGAAAUAUUUUCAAUGAUCAAAGUUUGAGACGUGCUCAAGAUCCAAUUCAAACGGAAGGGUUUUUCAAAAGUUUACUUGAGAAAUUAUACAAGGGUGAAUUUGAGCCAAUUCGAAGAGAUCUUGAAGAUUUAACCAAACUGCUUUUCACCUUGGAAAAUAUGAAGAUCAUUGUUGUUGGUAACAUUAAAGAUCUUAAUCAUCCGGUGAAGCUGUGGCAAGCUUUUGUUGAUUCUUAUGGUUCAGGAGUUGUCCCACGUCCAUUCUCAGAAUUACCUCGUCUGUACCGCUUCAAGCUGAAGUUGGGUCAAGCCUGCUCUAAGCAAGCUUUCCUUGUCAUCUCUCCUGCAGCCGAUCUGACCCAUUUCAUGUCUCAUACCCCCAUGCCGACUGACUAUUUUGAUCGUGAUCAAUUCGCUAUUGCUCUUACUCUGGAGUUUUUGGCCACCGUUGAAGGUCCCUUUUGGCGAGGCAUUCGUGGUACUGGUCUUGCAUAUGGGGCUCUGAUUAGGCGGAAUAUGGAAACUGGCUUGCUCGGCUUCUGCAUUUAUCGCGGUUCGGAUGCCAAGCAAGCGUGGCAGGUUGCUAAGGAUAUCGUGGAGUCGUACGCCAAUGGAAAACUCAAAGUGGAAGAAUUGGCAAUCGAAAAUGCUGUGGCAACGAUGGUCAACGAAUUGGCCAAUGGUGUAGAAAAUUGUUGGGAUGCAGCGCUGUACAAGAUUAUUGACAAUCUUUUCAAACGGCGUGGACCUCAUUACGAUAAGCAUUUCUUGCAACAGAUUAAGCAGAUCACUCCUGAUGAUGUUGUUGCCCUGUUGAAAAAGUAUUUUGUACCAUUGUUCUCCGCCGAUAAGUCUAUGAUUUUUACCAGUAUUCCACCUGAAAAGGAAGAAGAGUUCACGAUGUUCUUCCUGAAACAAGGCUAUGAGAUCAACAUUGAAAGAAUCGAAGUUGAUAUGCAAGAUGACGAUAACAACCUGGACUUUAGUCUGGAAGAUGAUGACAGUGAAGAAUCAGAGGAAGAGGAGGAGGAGGAAGAGGAGGAAGAGGAGAAAAUGUUGCUUAAAGAUGAAAACUCUGAUUUAGAUUUUGGGAAACAGCAUACCAAUGGCCAAGACCACCACCACCAAUCUGAUGCCGAAAUUAGACGGAACAAUGAAGUACUCAAGCCCAUGGGUGACAAUGUGCUUAAGCGCACAUCUAAUGACAUUUAA